AUGCCCAGUACACUGCUGGCGUCGCUGAUUCGCAUCGACGCUUGGAUCUAUGUGAUAGCACUAUCGGCACGACGAGGUAGCAUCGUCUCGCAUCUGCGCUCACUGAAAAUUGACAAACGGUCAGAGGUGCUUCCUGCCUUCGACAAGAGGCGCGUGGACUUUGACACGGUGACGGAAAUGGUGUCAAACGGUACGGUGGGCGAAUCGUACUUCAAGCGAGCGGCCUCCGAGCGCGCGGCCUGGUACCGUCGUCCCAGCCAGGGCCGUCUCGCGUGCGCGCUAUCCCACCUGACCGCGAUGCGAACGUUUGUACGCUCGAGGCACAGGGUUGGCAUCGUGUUGGAGGACGACGCUCGCAUUUCCCCGGAAUGGAUGGUUUCGGCGCUAACGAUGCCGCCUCCCUUUGACGUUCUGUACCUCGGGUAUUGCGAGGAACGAUGCAGUGACCAGGCAAAAUGGAUCGACCGAGGCCGACACUUCAGAUGGCGAGAAGCCGUCUUCCCUCUCUGUUUGCACGGAUACGCGGUGCAGCGACCGGCCGCGCGCCGCCUGCUCGAGGCAUCCUUGCCGCUCGAGGAGCCAAUCGACAACACCUUCGCAAGCAUAGCCGCCAACCUCAGCUUCCGCUCUUUCAUUGCCUUGCCCCCGGCGGUGAGGCAGGUCCGAAGCUUUACGAGUGCAACGCACACGGAAGUGGAGGUUCUGCGCGCCGGCUCGGAUACUGCUGCGAAAGAGCCAAGGCCCUUUAAAUCGCGCCUUCCUGGCAAGCAAUUUGGCAAGCAUAUGACGUGCACGUGCAAGGGCCAAACAGGUGCUUGCGCUCCAUAUGCUUCACAGGCUAGGCUCUACACAAGGCAGGAAGACGGAGAAAACCUGUGA